AUGCACCGCCGCCCCCGCCCCGUUGCGCCCCAGUCCAACCGUUGUCGAACGCACUCCCGUCGACGGGGUGCCGCGUCGAACACGAAAGCGGUUUACGAGCAUGCAGCUCAUAGUAUUGGAACAUCUAUACCACAAAGCGACACAUCCCACCCGCGAGCAGCGCGAGGAGCCGCGAAGGAAGCAGACAUUGACAUUCGUUCCGUCACCGUAUGGUUCCAGAACAAACGCCAAACCGACCGCCGCAUCCACCGCCAGAACUCCGAGCCCGCACUCCCCAGCUCCUCACCCCCGCCGCCCUCGCUCCCGCCCUCCUCGCCGUUCUCCGACGCGCCGGGGAACACGAUCACACCAUCCGUCGCGCCCGCACGUUCCCGCGCUCCCUCCCCCACGACGACCCCUUCUGCCGCAAGCGUGAGCGCGACCCCGGGGCGAGGGCGACGCGCCGCCGCCGAAGCUCAGCCGCCAGCGCCCCGCGCGGCACCUAUCCCUCGACAACAUCGCCGCCCGCGCGGAACGCCCCGCCCUCGCCCCUCUCUCGCCCUGCGCCUCCCCCAGCACACCGUGAGCCCCGUGCACCCGCCGCAAGAGACUGCCCCGUCGCUAGGCUCGCACGCACCGUCGUCGUCCCCCGCGGGCCCGAAGACGCCGGAGAAGCUGCGCCGAGCGGGCGUGCGCGCCCUGUGGGAGAACAUGCCGUCGAGCCCGCCCGAGGCGGACGAGCGGAGGGAGGGAGGGUCCGUGCCGUUCGGGAGGCGCAUCACGCUAGAGUACGCGUGUGCGCGGGAGAUGCUGGGCGGCGAGGGGCUGGGUCGGGUGAGGGUGCGCAGAGACCGGCCGCGGGGCCAUCGACGUCGGCGAGAGAAGGAGAAGAACAAGGAGGGAGCGCGGAGGGAGAAACAGGCGGUGCAGACGACGGUGGUGGAGGCGCGGGAGGACGAAGAAGACGACGAGCGGGCCGUGCCGGGUGCCGAAUCAGAUGGCGACACAGACACAGAAGGCUUGACGGAGCCGCCCGUGACGCCUUCGAGCAACUUCGGGAUGGGCGACCUAUCCAUGGACGAGUUGGACCUCGAGCUCGAGAAAGACGGCGAGUCGCCGAUCAUCACGCCCAAGGAGUUGAGGCAACUGGGACCAGUUGAAGUCAUGGAAAACUCCGACCUCAUGGACGUCGCAUAUGUUUUAUGCGGCUUGAAACAGCGAUGCUGA